AUGAGUAAAGAGCCGUAUAAUUAUCCUUUUAUUCACGAUGUUGGCAAGUACGAAAAAAUUACCAAGAUUGGCCACGGAACAUUCGGCGAAGUAUUCAAAGCUAGGAAUCGCAUCAGCAAAGAGUUUGUGGCGCUUAAACGUGUCUUGCUAGGCAAUGAAAAAGAAGGGUUUCCUAUCACAUCGCUCAGAGAAAUUAAAAUUUUAAGAGCUCUCAAGCAUGACAAUAUUGUGCGUCUACAGGAAAUUUGCCGAUCCAAAGGUACCCCGCAAAGUCGUAAAAGAGGCAGUAUCUAUCUAGUUUUUGAAUUCUGUGCUCAUGAUCUUGCCGGCCUAUUACAAAAUCCACAAGUUAAAUUCAACCUCUCGGAAAUUAAGCGCAUGAUGAAACAUUUAUUAAGUGGAUUAUUUUAUAUACAUAGCAAUAAGGUCUUGCAUAGAGAUUUGAAGGCGGCUAAUGUUUUAGUAACUCGUGAUGGCGUCUUAAAACUAGCCGAUUUCGGUUUAGCGCGUGUUUAUAGUCGUAAAGAAAAGACUCACUGCUUUACUAAUCGUGUUGUUACACUAUGGUAUCGAGCACCGGAGUUACUACUUGGCUGUCGUGAUUACGGACCGGCCAUUGAUAUGUGGGCAAUUGGUUGUAUUAUGGCUGAAUUUUGGACUCGUAGUGCUAUCAUGCAAGGGAAUAGUGAAACUAAUCAGUUGACGUUAAUCACUCAAUUGUGUGGCUCAAUUACUCCUGAAGUCUACCCAGAUGUGGAUAAAUUAGAUUUGUUUAAAAAAUUUGAUUUACCAGCUAGCCAAAAGCGCCGUGUCAAAGAACGUCUAUCUCAUUAUGUCCGUGACCGUCAUGCCUUAGAUUUAAUUGAUCGUUGCUUAACGAUCGAUCCUGCUAAGCGAAUCGAUAGUGACUCCGCCUUAAAUCAUGACUUUUUCUGGUCUGAUCCUUUACCUGCCUCUAAAAUUAGCUGUUUAAGCCGCUUGAAUGUAUCAAUGUUCGAAUUUCUAAUUGAUCGCAAAACAACUAAUCCACAGCAUCGACCGGAGCAGAGUCAAAUGUCUCAACAACCUGGAUACGACCGUGUCUUUUAA